UUGGCUCAAGCCUUUUUGGCUCAAGCCGCUUGCACCUCAUGCGCCGAGAGCCUACUGGAGUGCGCGGCUGUCGCUGUCAAUGCAGCGCGGUUGCCUGGGCAACGUCGUGGGCGUUGUGGGCCGUGUUGCCGAGUCGCGUCGCUGGCGUAGCUGAAGAUGUGUUCGCAUCGCUGAGGGACUUGAAGCAGCGGCUCGACAGCGCUGUGCCUCCCGACGGAGGAGAGCUCGACAAGGAUGCGCUGGCCGCUGUGUACAAAGAGUCGAAGGCGCUCGCCAGGCAGUUAGACUAUACCGACCAGCUGUCCAUGUAUGCAUGGCGCUUGCUCCUAGACUCCUCGAUGAGGCUAAGACGAUGGAAGGCGGUAGAGGUGGCAGCAUAUGGUGUUAUGCAAACUGUUCAUUGUAGGGAAGACGCGGGAUGUUUCCAGGACGCCGUGUUGAACGGUGUGUUAGCUGGCCACCGGCGUGGCGACAGAGAAGCCGCGAAGAAACUGUUCGAUCAUGCUCGCAGACCUGGCAACCCCGCCGUGCCCUUCCCGAGCUUCGACCAGCUCGUGCCUGCCAAAGCCCUGCAGGCCGAGUCCAAGGCCUUCUGGGAGGCCUCGGAGAUCCCUCUGGCGCGACUGCUGGAGGACAACCACGAGGUGAUCCUGAAGGAGCUGGAGCGCCUGCUGCCUGCCCGCUCGAAGGCCCCAGCUUCAUUCCUGCUCCCUGAAGACGACUCCGAGGACGGGUACCACACCCGCCGCGGGAUCGAUUUUCUCAAGAACGCCCAGGAGCUCUGUGGGCUGGAGGACCCCCACGGCCGCCGGCUGCCGGGCGGGAGGCCCUGCUGGGAGGAGGCGAUGCUCUACGCCGCCGAGUCUGGGAGCUCGAAGUCGGGCCGAUGGAUCGAGAGUGUCUGCAGGCUGGCCCCGCGCACGUGCUCCCUGCUGCAGUCCAGGGAGCUCACCGGGGACGUCGGCUUCGAUCACGUCGGCGUGCCCGGGAAGGCCUGCUUCAUCAUGCUGCACCCGAACUCGCGGAUCGAGGCCCACAGCGGCCCGCACAACGCGCGCCUCACAGUGCACCUGGGCCUGCGCAUCCCCGAGGGCAGCACCAUCGAGGUCCGCGGGGAGGUGCGCGCCUGGGAGGUCGGGAAGGCCAUCGUCCUGGACGACUCCUACGUGCACCACGUUCCAACCCUUCGGACGAAGACCGCGUCAUCCUGCUGGCGCACGUGUGGCACCCGGCGGCGGUGGGGAGCCGCGGCGGCUUCCGCGCGGGGCCGGGAGCCACGUGGCGCGGCGCGCAGGCGGCGCCUGGCGGCUUCACCGCGGAGUUGUGAGGCGUGGGGGGGGGUGGUGGCGGUGGUGCGGGUGGGAGGGAGAGCCGAUGUGCCGGCGGCGCACGUGGCUGACACGGGUUGCGGACAAAGUGGGACGGCAUUGAUGCGGUCGGGCGCGUUGUGAGUGUACGCGUUUCCAAGUGGCGACAGGCUUGGUGUUUGGAGGUCAGCCACUUGGAUUGGCAGCUUG